UAUAUAAACAUCUCAAUCAAUUAAAAAAAAAAGAAAAAAGAAAAAAAACUCUAAUAGCUAAAUAUAUACUGUCUGUCUCUUCAUUCACCAAAAAGAAAGAUAUACGGUCUCUUCUAUUCCUUAUGACCGACCGGCCAAACCCACACACGGAUAGGCACGGACACGCUCGAUGUUUCAAUCCCCCACGAUAGUCCAAAACUGGCAUACAAAAGAUUGAAGGAGACAAUACUGCCACGUGCACGGCUCCGCACCAUAAAAUUAACUCCGAGUUAAAUUACCACACAACCCAAAAAACAAAACGCAAAAUCAAAUUCCAUAGAAGGGGAAAAUUUGAAGAGAACCAAAAAAAAAAAAAAAAAAUGGCAACGAGAGGAGCUGUUGCUGCAUCCACAAUAUGGAAGCACCGAAGAAACCUUUCUCUUCGAUCAUUAUCUCACCAUUUCAAUUCCAAUUUCACUCCUCGAAUCAUCCCAACAGUGAUUAAAUAUCAAGUUAGGGCAAUACAAGGAGCAAGUGUUGAUCCUGUUGUUACACCAUUGAAGAACAGAGAGGAACCAAAACCUCAAAAUUGGAAAAUCAAAAUGCUUUAUGAUGGAGAUUGUCCUCUCUGUAUGCGUGAGGUUAAUAAUAUGCUUAAGGAAAGGAAUGAGAAGUAUGGAACUAUUAAGUUUGUCGACAUUUCCCCGGAAGAUAAUCAAGGGCUAGAUUACAAAACCGUAAUGGGGCAAAUCCAUGCUAUUGAAUCUGAUGGUAACGUGGUAACAGGCGUGGAGGCAUUUAGGAGGUUGUAUGAAGAAGUUGGGCUUGGAUGGGUUUACACUAUCACCAAAUUUGAACCAGGUUUAGAUUUCUUUGCAGAUGAAGUGUCUUUCAUGGAAAAUACAGUGCAAAACCAACUCACUGCCGAUAACGUAAGCUUGCUUAUAGUUGCGGAUGAUGCCGAUAAGACGGAAGAACCUUUGCGUACACUGUUAGCAACAGCUGGACAGAAAAAUAUUCCAAUUGUGACAUUUGCUACCAUGGUAGAGAUAGGGGAGAUUAUAGAGUUGGGCAACGCCUCUACAAAGAUAGUAUCUCUAAACAAGGGCAAAAGCUAUAUUGGAACCGUUAAAAACACUCUCAACCAAGCCGAGGAUGCUCCCAAAGAAGAACGUGAACGCUAAUUGGAGCGGCGGAGCGACGUAACGAUAUUAAUGGUAUCGUUUAAUAAUAAUAAUGAAAUUCUAAGUAGUGGUAAUGUAUGGUAAUGGACUAUUGUAGUAGUCUAAUAAUAAUGAUAAAUGGUAAUGCAAUGUUAUGUAAUGGAGUAUUGUAGUAAUAAAAUGUUUUCUAGUUAUGAA